CUAACCUUUUGUUUCCUGUUCCUAGAAAGUCAUCGAACAGCUCAGCCUCUACUCAGUCGCAAUUGUGAUACGCACGUAAGACGUUCCUGAUCGACCCCAAACAAUGAUUCACUCCUUCCGUUUGUGGAGGUUGGCAAUUGUUCUUUUAGGAAUUGUGCUUUCCUUAAUGUCAUCCAGCGUUGAAGGAUCGGUUAUUCGCCAUAAACGUGAACCCCAGCGUUUCUUGGGCGUGAUCAUUGAAAGUGCCUUGACAGGCCAACACCACGGUUUCGGUCAUCGGCCACCAUACUAUGGCUAUGGAAAUGUCCACGGAGAUCAUCAAAGGCAUUGGUGGCUGCCCAGUUGGUGGCCAUCACGAAAGGAACGAUAGCGAGAGUCACGUUCCUCUGCAACAUCAUCACAGCUAAAUAGAGCAAGCUGUUGCAAUCCUUAACGGUUGAUGGAUCAUCAGCGUUGCUUUGUAUAUCUUUUCUCGUUUUCAUCACUCGCAGUUUUUAUUUUUAUAAAUCCACCAUGUAGCGUCUACCUUUCAUGUCGAUUAC